AUGGAAAUUCACAAGCCCAUCCUCAAGUCUAAUGUCUCGUCCAACGAGUUCACCUUCGACGCCACCAGCCGUGACUACAGCACCGACUCGUUAGCCAGUGUGUCAACACAGCCGCCCAAGCCAACCUCCGGUCUCAGUUUGUCAGAAAGAGGUUACACCUCCACCGUGCAGCCGGAAGUGCUCCAGGACCAGCUACUCCCCAUUUCCGAACAGCUUCGCUCCCAAGUAUUGGAAUCUAGACUGAGAAUCUCCAACAUCCUCAGUGGGAACGACGACUUCUUGAUCAUCGCAGGCCCCACCUACGUCACCGACCCUCUUGAGUUAAAGGCAUGCGCAAACUGGUUGGGCCUGGCUUCCAAGGAGGUAGCUGUGUCUCUCAGGGCCAAUAUGACCAAGUACAAUACCGAGAACCCUGAUUUCGCAAAUCCUUCGGUUAUGACGUAUGAGAUCAAAAACGGUCUUCCUUACUGCCGCUCGUUACUCCGCGAGGUGGCUGAAGUGUGUCCUUUAGUUGGAGAGAUUUCUGACACCCUCACACCCCAAUACUUAUCCGACUUAUACUCGCUCAGUUUGGUCAGUUCCACCUUCGUGGAGUCUCAACUCCACAGAGAGCUCGUUUCGGGUGUCUCUUACUCCGUGGGCUUCAAUUCCCAAGAUUCCCAUUUACCUUUUGACAAAGACAUGUAUCUUCACCGUGUGGGAUCCGCGUUGGAUGCAAUGUACGCCGCAUCCCAACGUCACCAGUUUUUAUCCGUCACCAAAACCGGCCAGGUGGCUGUUGUUGGUACUACCGGUAACGACGAAACAUUCAUUGUCCUUGAAUUAAAUUUGCAAUUGUCUUUAGUUGAAAUUGAAACUUUAUUCCAGAAAGUUUACAAUUACUCUCUAGCAAAGUUCCAAACUCCUAAAGUAUUGUUGGAUUUGGGAAGAAUUUCUCAGCAAGACUACGACGAAAAGUUUAACUUAUUGAAACUGAUUCUCAGCCACUCCGACUUGAGAUCUAAGAUUAUUGGUGUAUUGAUUGACAGUGGUGAUAACUAUAUUUCUGACAGAAAUGCAGAAGAUCCUAUUGGUGUCAACGGAAUAAAUAGAUACAUCCAAAAUAGGAUUAGCAGAAGUGAAGAGAAUGAAGUUCUCGAGGAACUGAAGGAGCACGAGUUUGAGUACCUUAUCCAUGCUGAUAAGAUGAUCAAGGAAUUGAAAAAGUUGAAAACCGACCAAUAAUGAAGACGUUCAAAAAAGAAGAAACCGGAACAUUCGUAUCACCAAUUUUACCAAGUAAGCAAAGAACUUGUAAAUAUUCACAAUCACCCAAAUAAAUUUUAAUAAGAUCACGAUUAAAUUCUCCAAUGCAGAGUAUAAUAUUUUGUAGUUGUUCCCAUUCUUUAACUUCAAGCUCAAUUCGGCGUCUUUGAAGGUUUCUGUGACAACAUUGUUGCUGAACAAUGAAGAGUUCAAUUUAUCAAUCCUUUCAUUAAUCUUUCUCAAUUCUAAGGAAAGAGAAGUAUUGAUUUCUCCAAUCGAUCUGUCACUAGUACUUAAUAAAUUAUCAAUCUUUAUAGAAUAAUCAUCGUUAAU